UCCCGUAUCUGCCAGUACAAAACCGAAGCGGAUCUGAAUGGUCGUCACACAGCUUCCCAUCAAUAUCAAGGUUCAGCAUGGCCGAUGAAGAGCUAAUUUCAGUGGAUUAUGAAAUUUUUGGCAGAGUGCAAGGUGUAUUUUUUCGGAAAUACACUCAAGCAGAAGGGAAAAAGCUUGGCUUGGUUGGCUGGGUCCAAAACACAAAUGGAGGAACUGUUAAGGGGCAGCUACAGGGGCCACGCAGCAAGGUGAAAGAAAUGCAAGAAUGGCUGAAAUCCACCGGGAGCCCCAAGUCUGAAAUAAUGAGUACGGAGUUCCAGAAAGAGAAAACAGUUGACAGCCUAGAGCACUCAUCGUUUAACAUAGUGAAAUAAAAUAACUCAUAUAUUGCAAGUUUAGUAUUAACUUUGAAACAGACAUUUUAUUUAUUUAGUCUUUUUCUAUUUAUUUACUGGGAUGCAUUAUAUGUAAUGAACUGAGAAGGUUUGUGUGUUAGGUCUCCUUAACAUCCAUAAAAUAUGAAAUUACAUUAAUAAAUGGAGAA